AUGGCCCGCCCGCAGACUCGUUCCUCUGAAUUGGAACCGAGUUCGACGGAUCCACCACAGGACGUUGUCUUGCAUGACGCGGGUGAUAUGGCUCCAGAGUUCAUUGAGGAUGUCCAAGAAAGCGAAAGACAGCCUACUCCAACACCCAGCGAUCCUCUCGGUCUGCGUGAUACAGAUCGGAUACCGAAAGGCACGAGCCUGUCACAGGAUUUCGCAGCAGAAGCGGACGAAGAAGAUGCCCAAGAAGGCGAAAGACAGCCUACUCCUACACUGAGCGACAUUUUUGGUCUGCAAGAGCGCAAAAGACCGCCUACUCCAAUACCUGGCGAUUAUCAGGAUCCGCUUCAAUUCGCAACAGAAGCGGAUGGCGAGGAUGGCGGAGCAGCAUUAGACCGCGCACCGCUCAAUUCCUCCAUUAUACCGCUCCACCUGAUGGAAUCCACACAGCCUCGUGGCCGUCAGUGGACCCUCGGCGAGUAUAUAAAAAGAGUUAGCCAGGGUUCGAAGCGUCCUCUAUCUAACGUGAUUUCAAACGCGUCUCCUGAAGAGCGAGCAGUCAAACGGUUUCGAUCAAAGGCGGAGUUAGAGGCUCCUGCUAUGGAACAGCCUGACGGUCCUACUACGGAACAGCCCGACUAUCCUACUAUGGAACAGGCUGAUGAUCCUACUACGGAACAGGCUGAUGAUCCUGCUAUGGAACAGCCCGACGAUCUUGCUAUGGAACAACCUGACGAUCAGCCUCCAUCAAAGGAGGGUUUGAAGGCUCCUGCUAUGGAAAGGAGUGGCAACCAGCCUCCGUCAGACAAGACAUUCACCAGGCCCCAUUUAUCGAGGCGUCCUCCAGACGUGAAUGCUGCAGAGAUGGCAUCAACACGUCUCGUGGAGUAUGCGCGUUCUGGCAGUAGCGAGUUGCCUUCGAGUGAUAAAUUUCCAUCACGGUCUGCCGUACAGAUGACUGUUCGACGACUUGACGCGAUUGAAAACGAAGCGCGUCAAAGCAAUUUCAAGGGCGACCGUGCUAUUGCAGUCCAAUCUUUUCUUGAGGGCAUUGAGUGUGCGCUGAGCGAAUGGCGGAUGGGAUUCAAAUCAAGCCGGGUUGCAACUCGUCCAGCUACACCGGACUCCCCACUAGUGUCCGAUGAUUAUGUUGCGAGUCUAGAGAAGCGGCAUAGGGAAUUGAUAGAUGAGAUGGAGGAGGCGAAGAGCAAUGCUUUGGGGGCGUUGGAUAGCGAAGCUUUGGAGAGAUUGAAGAGCAAUGCUUCGGAGAGGAUGAAGAAGAGCAAUGAUUUGCAGCGCGGUAUCAGUCGACCCCAGACCGCCUGGGGUCCAGCCAAUUCAAGCCGACCCUCGUCAGAUCUUGCUUCUCCGCCAUCGAGUCUUGGUUCAUCGCUCUUUGCACCAUCGUCCACCCCUCAGACCGCAGAAUCUCCACCCCCACUCAUCCAAAAUUCUGACUGGAGCCAAGGACCUCCGCGUCACCCAUUGUUUACCCCGUCGGAGGUCCUAGGGUUUUUGCCGGCUGACGACCCGUUGGUCGUCGCCCUUCGCAACAAACCGCCUGACGAGGAAUUCUACCUCAAUCGAUGGACUGUUCAAGAGGGCGCGACUUCAAGACGAGGAUGGGAUGUACCAACGCCAGAGAGGAGGCCCGAGGUCAUGGCCCUUGAGUCGAAGAGCAACCCCAUCAGCAUAGACCGUAGCGGCGGAGGCCCAGGUGGUGCUGGAUAUCCUCCGCCUCCAGCCGGUUAUGGAGGAGGCGGUGAGGAUCUAGUAUAA